UAGCAUUUAUUAAAAAAAGAGUAAUUCUAGCACAAUAUGUCUAUCUCCUUUCCAGGUGGAUACCUGAUGACAUCGUUCUUGUAGAAUUACCUGACAGCUUUGCUAUACAAAAGGAAGAUUCCACAGUCUCUGCUAUAAGAAUAGAAGAUAUUCACAGUGUGGCUUCAGGGAAUAUUAAAAAAUUUGACAUCAAAACUUACCCCUGUUCAUUGUGCACACAGAUGUACAAGAGCCAAUACAAAUUGAAUGUCCACAUGAAACUCCAUGUGUCUCCAAACAAGUUCCAAUGCACUGUUUGUGAGAAGGUGUACCCAAGAAGGAAUUUGCUAACAAAACACAUGGUAUCACAUACCUCGGAACGUCCAUAUGCAUGUGACCUUUGCAACAUGAAAUGUAAGAGAAGCUAUGAACUCUUGGCACAUAAAAAACGCCAUACAGGAGUUAAGACUCACAUAUGUGAUAUCUGUGGGCACGCAAGUGGAUCAGCAUCAAGUCUGAAAUUCCACAGAAAUAGACAUUUUCAAGAAUACAGAUUCAAAUGUGAACUUUGUGGGAAAGGUUUUUACAAGAAUGUUGAUUACCAGGGACACCUGGGUGGGUACCACAGAGGGGAGAAAUACAAGUGUGAAACCUGUGGGAAGGAAUUUCCAGAGAAGAAGAAACUUGUACUUCACAGGAAGAUUCAUGAUCCUGAGAGAAACACAAAACGCUUUCCAUGCGAAAUAUGUGGGAAAGGCUUCCCCUUUAAGAGCAAACUCUUGUAUCAUAUGCGGUCACACAGAGGAGAGGCUAACUAUAUCUGUGAUAUUUGUGGAAAGGCAUUGUCAUGUGGAGUGUCCCUCCGAAAUCAUCGACUCAUCCACACAGGGGAGAAACCUUUUGUGUGCGAUGUCUGUGGUAAAGCAUUCAAUUCUUCAAAGUAUUUGAGUGUUCACAAUCGAACCCAUACUGGUGUAAAGCCCUACACCUGCAUAGAAUGUGGUAAAUCUUUCACACAGAGCUCAUCACUGUCUGUUCACAUGCGUUACCACACCGGGGAGCGUCCAUACAAAUGUGACUUGUGUAACAAGACCUUUGUUACCAAGACACAACUGAACGUACAUAUCAAGGGCCAUGAAUGAAUACUUCAUAAUGUCAGUGAGUUUGUUUGGACUAAAAUUGUAGUGUCAUCAUUUUAGUUCUGUCAAAUUGGCAUUGGCUAGUGCAUAGUAUCUGUCAGGUAAUGUACCUGGACUCAAUAUUAUGUUACAUUCAUGUCUUUUGCAAGGACUGUGCAUGACAUAUAUGAAAAAGUGAUUGAUGUUAUCAGAUAAAAUCUGUCACCUGGAUUUGAUGUCAUUCAGCUUUGCCAGUAGAUUAGCUCAGCAAUAGCUCAUGUGGCUUUAUUUAUGAGGUAUUCAGUUCAGUUCUCAGCCAGGGUACUUAUCUUUGUUAUUGUUUUUAGCAUAUUAAACUUGUGUUUUUUCGUGAUUUUUCUUGGGAUAUUAUAAGCGUUCUGUGCUUUUUGUGAUUUUUGAUAUGGUGUUAAUCUGGUAAACCUUUUUUAUGUGCCUCACUUUAUUAAACUUUGUAAAAAUUUUCAUUAGUAUCUUUUGGGUAUCAACCAUUCUGAGCAUUUUUAUGAUGUUGCUCAAACAUUCCUGAUGAAUGUCAGAUUAGUACAUGCAAUAAACACUACCUAACCACAUUCUUCCUCUUCCACUUCAAAUUGUCUUGUAGAAACUUAUGAAACUAGUACUGAAAUGCUGUAUACUUAAAUACGAAGCUAGUACAUAUAAAACUGUAUUAUACAUUUCAGUUCUUUGAGUGAAUUUUACCUACCUUUACAUUAUGAUGAUUAUAAUACUGUUGAGAUGGUAACUGUUAGUUGCAGUGUCCAUAUCUUAUACACCAUGUGACAGUAAGUGUGAUCAUUCAGCAAUGACACAAAAAUUCAGAGGUACCCUAAGCUCUUUGAACUUUUCAUCCCUUUCCUCAUCUGUGAUGUUCUUGAAAAUUGUUUAACUAACUAACUAACUAGAUGGCUUACAGAACCUGUAGAUUCAUCACCGAAUUAACCAAAACCCUCCAUGUCCUGGGCCAACAAAAUCCAGUCUCCUUC